UCCCGCGGGCUCCGCCGUCGCUCCGGCGUUGCUCCGCCGCGGGCGGUGAGGUCCCCGGGGGCCCGGGGGCCCCGUGCUCGGCGGGCUGCGGGGCGGCCAUGGCGGAGGCCGCGCCGCAGCCGCUGUCGCUGCCCUCGGGGCUGCUGGAGCUGUGCGCGCUGCUGGGCGCCCCUCAGGACAAGCUCCGCGGCCUCGAGCAGGCCACCCACACGAGGGGAGUCAGAAGCCUCUCUUCCCUGGAGCCAGAGGUGCUGUCGGUGUUCGUGCCUCCCUUCACGAGCCGAGAGGACGGCCCGGCGGCGGGUGCGGGCUGCGGGACGCUGGGCAAGGGCCGGCUGCGCUCCUUCCGGAAGAGGAGGGAGAAGCCGCGGGCCGAGCCCUCCCGCGACCUCCAGGGGCACCGCCAGAGGCCCGACUCGGAGGAUGUCAGCAUCCCCGGCGGGGUGGACCUCCUGGCCCUGCCCCAGCUGUGCUUCCCAGGGGGCGUGUGCGCGGCCUGGGAACCCCAGGAGGACCACGUGCACUUCCUGGUCCUCACCGACGUCUGCGGCAACAGAACCUACGGCGUGGUCGCCCAGUACCACCGGCCCCUGCACGACGAGUACUGCUUCUACAGUGGGAAGACUCGCUGGGAGCUGCUGGGGCCCAGCGCGGGCCCCGCCGGCUGCUUCGUGCCCUUCGCCGUGUGUGUGGUGUCCAGGUUCCCCUACUACACCGCCCUCAAGGACUGCCUCUCCUGCUUAUUGACGCAUCUGAAACUCUGUAAAGACUUUGAAGUGGACAAUCAUAUCAAAGAUUUCGCUGCAAGGCUGUCGUUGAUCCCCAGCCCCCCACCUGGGCCACUGCACCUGGUGUUUAACAUGAAGCCACUCCAGGUUGUGUUUCCCUCGCGGGCGGAUCCUGAGAGCCCCAUCAUCGACCUGGACCUUCACCUGCCCUUGCUGUGCUUCCGGCCUGAUAAGGUGCUGCAGAUCCUGACCUGCCUCUUGACGGAGCAGCGCAUCGUCUUCUUCUCCUCCGACUGGGCCUUGCUGACGCUGGUGGCCGAGUGCUUCAUGGUGUACCUGCACCCGCUGCAGUGGCCGCACACCUUCGUGCCCAUCCUGUCCCGCCACAUGCUCGACUUCGUCAUGGCGCCCACGUCCUUCCUCAUGGGCUGCCACCUCGACCACUUCGAGGAGGUCAGCAAGGAAGCCGAUGGCCUCGUUCUGAUAGAUAUUGACCGUGGGAGCGUCACCGGCCCCAAGACCCCGGACGGCAGCCUGGGCAUUCCCGAGGUGCCGCUGGCGGCGGCGCAGGCGUUCAUUCAGAGGGUGCAGAGCCUCCAGCUGCACCGGGAGCUGCACCUGGCUCACCGGAGCGCCAGCACCGACCUCAACGAGGGCCGGGCCCGCCGGCGGGCGUGGCAGCAGACGCUCAACUGCCGAGUGCAGCACGUCGCCCUGCACCUGCUCGUCAGCAUCUUCAGGGAGGUGAAGAAUCAUCUGAACUACGAGCACCGGGUCUUCAACAGCGAGGAGUUUCUGAAGACGCGCGCGCCCGGGGACCAGCCUUUCUACAGGCAGGUCCUGGACACCUACAUGUUCCACUCCUUCCUCAAAGCCCGGCUGAGCCGCACGAUGGACGCCUUCGCGCGGAUGGACCGCGACACGCGGCCGGAGGAGGACAGGGAGGACGGGGUGCUGAUCAGCCCCAGGAGGCCCACGGUGGAGAAGAUGGCGCUGCGGAAGCCGCCGGCCCUGCCGCUCGCCCAGCGGCGCAUGGUGGUGAGCAUGCCCAACCUGCACGACAUCGUCCCGCCCGAGCCGCCGCCCCGGAACCUGUCGCUCCGCGUCACGGGCACCUCGGACGGCCGCGGCCGCAGCCUGGCCUUGCACGUGGCCCCCAAGUCCACGUACACCUUCAAGAUUCCCGAGAUCCACUUCCCGCUGGUGCGGCAGUGCGUGCAGGCCUACUACGCGGACUUUGCGGGGCUGCUGAGCAAGGCCAUGGGGCUCCUGGGCCCCGACAGCUCGCUGCUCCUGGCCAGGUAUUUCUACCUGCGGGGCGUCGUGCACCUGAUGCAGGGCCAGCUGCUCGGCGCCCUCCUGGACUUCCAGAACCUGUACAAGACGGACCUGGGCAUUUUCCCGGCCGACCUGGUCAAGGGGACAAUGGCGGCCUUGUCCACGGCCGAGCGUGCCCAGGCCGAGCGCACGCCCGAGCUCAAGAGGCUCGUCACCGAGGUCCUGGACAGGCCCGGCGACGCCCCGAAGGCCGACGACGCCGUCAAGAACUUCGAGCUGCCCAAGAGGCACAUGCAGCUGGAGGACUUCGUGCAGCGGGUCCAGGAGUCCGGCAUCGUGAAGGACGCCGACGUCAUCGGCCGCCUGUUCGCCGCGCUCACUGUCGGCCAGCAGAAGCAAAUUGACCCGGAAACAUUCAAGGAUUUCUACACCUGCUGGAAGGAGACCGAAGCCGAGGCCCAGGAGGUGAGCCUGCCCUCGCUGGUGAUGGACCACCUGGACAAGAAUGAGUGCGUUUACAAGCUGUCCAGCUCCGUGAAGACCAGCCGUGGCGUGGGCAAGAUCGCCAUGACCCAGAAGCGCCUCUUCCUGCUCACCGAGGGGCGGCCGGGCUACGUGGAGAUCUCCACCUUCAGGAACAUAGAGGAGGUGAGGAGCACCACGGUCGCCUUCCUCCUCCUGAGAAUCCCCACCUUGAAAAUAAAAACGGUGUCCAAGAAAGAAGUGUUCGAGGCCAACCUGAAGUCCGAGUGUGACCUGUGGCACCUGAUGGUGAAGGAGAUGUGGGCCGGGAGGAAGCUAGCCGACGACCACAAGGACCCUCAGUUCGUCCAGCAAGCGCUCACCAACGCCCUGCUCAUGGACGCCGUGGUGGGCGCGCUGCAGAGCCCGCGGGCCAUCCACGCCGCCUCCAAGCUGUCCCACUUCGACAGGAUGCGGACGGAGAUGCCCCUGGCGGUCCCCAAGACCACCGCGGAGACCCUGAAGCACAAGAUCAACCCGUCGGCCGGGGAGACGGCGCCGCGGGCGGUGGACGCCCUGCUCUACACGCCGGGGCACCUGGACCCCGCAGAGAAGGCGGAGGACGCUCACCCCAAGCUGUGGUGCGCCCUGGGCGAGGGCGAGGUCAUCGUGUUCGACGCGUCCUCCUGGACCGUGCACCGGCACUGCUUCCGCGUGGGCUCCUCCAGGGUGAACUGCAUGGUGAUGGCGGACCAGAGCCAGGUGUGGCUGGGCUCGGAGGACGCGGUCAUCUACAUCAUCAACGUGCAUAGCGCCGCCUGCAACAAGCAGCUCACCGAGCACCGCGCGGCCGUCACGGGGCUCGCGGCGGCGCCCGCCGGCGGGGGGCCCAGCGAGGUGUACUCGUGCAGCGCGGACGGGACGGUGCUGGCCUGGGACGCGAGCCGGCUGCGCGUCACGCGCCGCUUCCAGCUGCCCUGCGGGGGCCUCUCGGCCACCAGCCUGCACGGCGGCCACCUGUGGUGCUGCGCGGGGAGCAGCAUCGUGGAGGUGACGGCCCAGGGCGCGCUGCGGCAGGAGCUGAGGAUCGACGGCGGCCGCGGGGGGGCGCAGGCCUCCUUCCUGGGCCUCCAGCUCCUGCCCGAGCAGGAGCAGCUGUGGGCGGCCUGCGUGGGGCGCAGCGAGGUCUACAUCUGGAGCCUGGGGGACCUGGCCCAGCCCCCCGAGAUCGUCCACCUUCCGGACUGCUCCGAGGUCAGCUGCAUGAUCCGGGUGAAGCGGCAGAUCUGGGUGGGCGGCAGGGGCCCGUGCCAGGGGCGGUCCUGGGGGAAGAUCUACGUCCUCGACGUGAACCGGAGGACGGUGGCCAAGGAGCUGCUGGCGCACGCGGACUGCGUGCGGACGCUGUGCUCGGCCGAGGACCGCUACGUGCUGAGCGGGGCGGGCCCCGAGGAGGGCAAGGUCGCCAUCUGGAAGGUGGAGUGAGCCGCGGCCGCCCCCGCAA